AUGACAAGGCUACAGCUACAACUGCUUCUGAUUCAACUCAUUCUGGGGACUCCAAUAGCGAUGGUGAAUGCUGGUCUGUAUAGCGUGGCUUAUGGGUGGAGAUGGAUUGAAGGGCAUGAGUGCAGUCCGCAAGAUCUGAAUGAAUUGGCCAGAAUAACCAGAAGAGAAAUUGCUUUGGCCAAUAAUCUUCCUGGACUUGAGCAAGCAGCCGGAUGGACUGGACUAAGGCGGCCACCAAGUACAGAUCCUCCUACAGAUCCUCCUACAGAUCCUCCUACUGAAGCCCCAAUAAGUCAACCCACUGAAGCCCCCACUGACCCUCCUACUGAAGCUCCCACAGACCCUCCUACAAGUCCACCCACUGAAGCCCCCGAAGACUCGAGCCUUAGUGGCGGCAACAGAAACCCAGAUGACUUCAGACGCAAGCUACUGGCUGCUGUUGCUGCUGCUGAAGCUGAAGCUCCACAAGAAGUCCCUGAAGACCAAGAUGAAAAUCAAGACCAAGAUGAAAGGCGGCUGAACUUCGGCUGCUGGGAACGUACGCUGUGCCAACGCGGAGAAAUAGAUUUCUACUGCGAUCACUGUCCUUGCUGCAACUCAUCGUCACGGCGGCAACUGAUGCUUCGUGUCAAUGCCAAAAACCAAAGAGACCUAGAAGCUACCAUGGCCACAGUCAGGACCAACACGAACUUACAAGUGCAAGAGAAUCCACAACUCUCCGCUUGUGUCGACCAAAACACUUUUUUCUACGAAUUCCACCAGGAGGAGUGA